CGCGUCGGUUGGCAGUCAAGUUUUGCGCGCUCUUUUUUUUGUACUUUUAAGCUCGCCACGCAUAAACAAUAAUAAAAUAAAAUGUAUUAACAAAUACCCGGAUUAAUAAACGAAAAAUGUAAUAACAGAAGAAGGAAGGUGGCAAGCUGGAAACCGAAAAGAACUUUGCAUUUACCAAACAACAUUAAUAACUAGACUAUAACGGGACACUGCCAAAAAGUAACGGAACUCAAACUAAAGCUAAAACCAACGGGAAGCAAACAAAAUCAAGAAGAGGCAUCUCUGAACAUAUCGAAACAAUCAAAAUAGAUAUCGAAUUAGGGAUCGAAUCAAAAAUUGAAAUAACUCAAAAAUGAACUCGAAACACAGUUCGCUGGAGGAGAAAGUGAAACUGCCGCCCACGGAGACAAUAAGCCGCUGCUACCAGCCGCAGCAGAGCAACCGCAAGGUCAUCCGCAUCCUGACCGUCGCCGUCUAUGUCCUCUGCGUUUCGCUGGCGGCCAUCAUGCUCUCCCUGUACUACAUCUUCAUCUGGGACCCCACCAUCCGGCCCUUCGUCACCAAGGCCACGCACUGCGAUAAAAUUGUGAUACCCGAAAAAAUAGCCAUUCGCCUCCUGAACUCAUCGGAAGUCACCGCGGAGCAGUUCUACAAGCACAUCCUCGAGCAGUACCGCAUCCUCAGCCACAUGCAGCAGCAACGCCAGCAGAUCCUGCAGCGCCAACAUCUCCAGCUGCAGCAGCUGGAGGCGAACAACCGCUUCCAGGAGGUCUUCGCCACGGCCACCAUCAUCCAGGCACAUCCGCACCCCCAUCCGCAUCCCAGGGAGCCGCCGAAGAAGCCGCUUUUGGGUCCGUACACCCCCGUACCCGGCAAUGUGAGUCAGGCGAUGGGUGGCGAUCAGCCGGGGCCAGGCAACUUGGACAUGGAUCCGGAUCCGGCUCCGGCUCACCUGCCCCUCCUCCUGGACACCUCACCGCCGGCCGAGCCCAACGGAAUGGGUCACCUGAAGCGGAAGACCCACCGGGGUCACUACAAACACCACAGGGCCAGGGCCGGGGGCCAGAAGAAGCUGUCCAUUGCCAACUCGAUUGCCAGCGCCAUGGCCAGCUCCACGCCGAGCACCACCAGCGGAGGAGGGGGAGACACCUCCUUGGCCAUGGCCACGGCGGCCACUCUGCCCCACGGCUAUAUGGACACACCACUGAACUCGGCGGCCGGGACCAUUGUGCAGCCACCGCAGCUGCAGCUGUACACCUCGAUGCCCAUUCCGCUGAUCCUGAGUCCCAGCGAGGAGAAGCGUCCCUCGCACCACGCCCACGGACAUGCGCACGGCGACAGGCGCAACGGGGCGCAGUCCGGCGGACGACGCAGGACCACGACGGCCUCGGUCUCCGGCUACGAGGCCCAGACCUACCUCAAUCCGUUCCUCACCGGCGAGCUGAUCUUCGAGAAGUAAGGCAGUGCACCCCGCAGAGCAGGCCGUGGAUGACUUUUUUUUUGUAAGCCAUAUGGAGGGACAUGCAGCCAAGAUCGGAUGUGGAGAUUAGCUCACAGAAAAGGGUAGACUAUUGCCCUCCAUACCUGAUCAUACCUAUAUCAAUGGAGAACUGUUUAGAAGGGCAUCACUACUCACAAUAACCCAGAUGGGCUCAGUACUGGCACGGGCCAAGCGGAUAUACUUCAAUACACUUGGUUAGGUUGUUGCAUACUCGCAUGGAUAUGGAAACUCUCGAAUUAGCAGCGCGGUAUUAAGCAUUUCAUAUUGAAAUUUACACAUGUAUCUCAUUUUGUACGUAGCAUAUGUUUGAAAUUGAACGUGUUUUUAGAUUUAUAGGGCGAACUUAGUAGCAGGAGUUUUUAUCGCUUGAGAUUUGACUUGUGGCGGUACUGAGCCAGAACUUGGUCUAUAUAUACAGAGCCCGGCCCGGCCACAUAUAGAGGUUAAUAGAUGUUACGUACUGCAAAAGGAUAGUUGAAACCAUAGCUAAACUAUAGUCGAUGUACCAGAACCACACAACCACUAAACACUCGAAAGGGGCACACACGCAUAAUACGGGACCCACUUCAGUAGAAAGUCACUCGAUAUCAGCGGUCACGGGUGACGAGUCACGCAGGACGAGUCACGAGUGACGGCUCGCGGAUCACACGGAUCACACGGAUCACACAGGCGGCUCACCUCACCAAGCUCAGCAGCAAACUCACCCCACCUAGGCCACUGCUUCCAGGCAGCUAGCGUACGCUACACCAACUACAAUAAUUAGCCAACCCUAGAGUAACCAGUUUACCAGUAACCACUCACCAGUAGCCCCUCCAAGGACCACACCCCUCGGACCGGGGAAGCGGAUAAUGUCACUACGAUUCAGCAUCGGAGCAAGUCACACCCACACCUCCAAGUCGCCGCACGCCAAGGGGUCUGUGUCACUGUCAACCCUCGGUUAUAUGGUAUAGGGCCCCCAACACAAACCCGAAAUAUCAUGUCAUAUGUGGAACAUUAGGCAAACUUUUUUGGAAACACUUUCAAAAAGUAAUUCUCUAAAUUACCAAGUCACUACAUCAGUGCUAAACAAAAGUUUCGCAAUGCAGAGCUGACGUAUUACCCAGGGGCACUUGCCGCGCCAGAUAACACCCGGCGUGCUCAACUUAGGAACCACUAAAUGGUUAUGUACGUGGGGCAUAUAACCGAUGUGUGACGUGACAUUGGCUCGGUCUGUUCACAUACCCAAACACUAAAGUACACUAAGCGAAAAAGCGGCAAAGUUGAAGGAACGUUGGGGAAAGCGAGAGAAGAGCAGGGGAGGGGAUAGAUAGAUAGAGAUACGGAGAAACUGCAUCUGCAUCCAAGGACACGAGAAUUGAAUUCACCAACAAUAACAUACGUAUAAACGAUAUGCAUACGACAUAGAAUUGAAUCUGUAACUGAUGGGCAUAUACCGCAUAUAUAUCUUAUGUACCGCAUAUAUCUUAUAUAUGUAUACCACGAAAAACAAAGUCAUUUUGGCAAUAAUAAAGCAUAGCAAACGAAAACGUGU